GAAGAAGAAGAAGAACGCCCAGAUAAUGUUUCCCGACGGUUCUAUUUCGGCGUCGCACACAUUUGGAAAGUGGUGCGUGAGGAAAUACUCCACUAACUCUAACUAUUACAGAGCCUUUUAUUUUCUUCCACCUCCCGGUCCGGUGAAGUCGAUCGCCAAUGAUGGCCAAGCUCCAAGGCUUCGAGUUCUGGAGGAAGACCCUGAAGGAGGCCCGCUUCGUGGUGGCCCCCAUGGUGGACCAGAGCGAGCUGGCUUGGCGUCUGCUGAGCCGCCGGCACGGCGCCCAGCUCUGCUACACCCCCAUGCUGCACGCCCAGGUCUUUGUACGCGACGCCAACUACAGGCGGGAAAAUCUGUACAACGAGGUGUGUGAAGAGGACAGACCUCUCAUCACACAGUUUUGUGCCAACGACCCAGAGGUGUUCCUCCAGGCCUCCCUGCUGGCCCAGGACUACUGCGACGCCAUCGACCUCAACCUGGGCUGUCCGCAGAUGAUCGCUAAGAGAGGGCACUAUGGAGUUUUCCUCCAAGACGAGUGGGAGCUGUUAGAGAAAAUGGUCCGGUUGGCUCACGAGAAGCUCUCGGUGCCAAUCACAUGCAAGAUCCGUGUGUUCAAGGAGCUGGAGAGGACGGUCCGCUAUGCCCAGAUGCUGGAGAAAGCUGGAUGUCAGCUGCUCACGGUGCACGGCCGAACCAAAGAGCAGAAAGGGCCUUCGACGGGCAUCGCUGACUGGGAGCACAUCACGGCAGUACGGAAGGCGGUGAACAUUCCAGUGUUUGCCAACGGAAACAUUCAUCACCUGAGCGAUGUGGAGCGCUGCAUUCAGGAGACGGGGGUGCAAGGAGUGAUGAGUGCAGAGGGGAACCUCCACAACCCGGCGCUGUUUGAGGGAUGCAGCCCCCCCAUAUGGGAGAUGGCGGAGGAAUACCUGGAUGUGGUGAAGCAGCACCCCCCCUGCACUCUGUCCUAUGUACGAGCACACCUCUUCAAGCUCUGGCACCACACACUACAGAUCCACCAGGACCUGAGAGAGGAGCUGGCCAAGGUGAAGACCCUGGAGGGGUUGGCCGGGGUCAGCAAACAGCUGAGGCUGCGCUGCCAGGAGGAGAUCGCCAAAGGAAAGGACACUGAGGAGAAGGAGGGCAGCCUGCCGUUCCCCCACUGGAUCUGCCAGCCCUACGUCAGGCCAGCGCCGAAGGAACCAGUCGUCAACGGCGACAGCCAAAUCUCAGAGGUGAAGAAGGCGGUGUGUCAGAAGAGGGCGCUGGAGGACGACGCAGUCAACGACACUCUCUCCAAAAACAAGCAGAAGAAGAGAUCCCGAAACCCGCACAAGAACUUCUGCCCGGAGCACAAACCCAAGUACGUCAAGUGUGAGCAGUGCGGGAACCCAAAGGGCAAUAAAUGUGUCUUCAACCUUUGUCGAGGCUGCUGUAAGAAGAAGGCCUUCAAGGAGGUGGCCGACUGCCCAAGCCACGGGUUGAGGUUCAAAACCAGGGCUGAGAAGCUGAAAGCUGAGGAGAAGAAGGAGGAGGAGGAGGAAGAGGAGAAGGACUCGGCGACAGAGACCGAUGCAAGUGCAGCGCUGCAGAAGCAGUCGGAGGCACGACUGCCACUAUGAGCGGGACUAAAGCCGGCUGCACGCACACAAACUGCCCUCUGGUUGGUGCAGCACUGAGCCCUCGUGUGUCAGGAGUCCUGCUUCCGGGACGUUUCUCUCUGACCAUCAGACAGGUCAAUGGCCUCUAAACAUUUUGACGUCCAAAAUGCUGUCACGGUGUAAAGCCUGCUGCAAGGCUCCCGUUGGACCCUCUUUGAUGCCUGGGUGAGGAAACGGGGGUCAUUCGAUUGGUUUGUGCACGCAGAAGAAGCCAAUCAUGACUUUUCGCUCAUCAAUCAGCAGAUCAAACCAGAAGAAAUGUCUUGUUUUUGAUAUGAUGUGGAUUAGUGUGGGAUUUUUUUUCUUCUGAUGGGACAGUUUGGAAGAUUUUUCUCAACUCUCAAUUUUCUCUGGUAUUCAGCAUUCCAACAUCAUUUAGCCAAACUCCAAAGUCAAGAGUUGGCAUUUUCUGCUCCUCAGCUAACCUUUUUUUGAGGGGUGAAGUCAAGAUUGCUCACAGUGCAUAUGUGCCUUUUUGACGAGAACUACAACUGCUUCUCAAGGUCUGAACAAAGGUAGCGUGAGAUGAAGGUGCUGCACAGCGGCCACGCAAGCUGUGGAAUCGUGCAUGCACUGUUUGUUAUUGGAAUUAUUCCCUCUAUAUUAAAGUGUUCAGCCUGACUCGGGGCAAGCGUAGCUCUAUCAAAAGACACUGGUUCACUAGCUUACUUGCUAACGAGACGUUUACUGGAGGAUAGUGGUGCAGAAGUGAUUCUAGUCUUUGUGCUGACAUGCCCCCAUCUUACUUAAAGCCCCCUGAAAUGAACGUUAUGAGAAAUAACUGUUGCUCUGACUUUGUUUUUGUUGAACGUAAUGUCAUUUUCUUGUUUAAAAAAAAAAAUCAUCCAAGUUUUAGCACGGAACCAUGUCCAUCUUUUAAAAUUGCAAUUACUAACUUUUAUUAAAAUCCCAUGUCAUAUUUUGCUUUC